UGUACGCAAUAUUAUAUUGAUUUGAUUUGGUCAUGAAUGUUCGGUGAUUCUGCAUAUCCCAUAUGCUAUCAAAUUUAAAACGAAUAAAGAGUAAAUAUUUCCACGCUGAGAAACAGAUGGCAAGCUGUAUUUACAUCUAUGGUCGCGAAGCGUUUACGUCAUCUAGAAGCGCGCCAGUGCCUUGUGGCUGACAGCAGUUAGUGAGCCACACGGUUAGUUAAUGCUUUUAGGACAAUCGCUUACUUUUCUCAUUUAUUGAAUUAAUACGAUGUCUUCGCUUCUUAAGGUGGACAAUGAAAUCAAAACAAAGGUUGAUGCUUUCAGGGAACGAAUUACAGCAGAGGCUGAAGACUUGGUUGCAAACUUUUUUCCGAAGAAACUGUUAGAGCUGGACCAGUUUUUGAAGGAUCCCACAAUUAAUAUCCGUGAGCUGAAAGAAAUUCAUUCAGAGAUCAAUCUGACGGUGCCAGACCCGAUUCUACUUACAGACAUCCAUGAUGGACUUGAGGGGCAAAAUGCUAAAAAGAGGAAACUCGAAGAUGGUGCAGGAGAUGACAAAGUUGGCGGGACCAAGGUCUUUGUCAUGCCUGGUGGAAUGAUGAAAAGCAAUGGCAAGCUGGUGGAGCUGAUCGAAAAAGUCAAGCCUGAAAUCAGAACUCUCAUAGAAAAAUGCAACACGGUCAAGAUGUGGGUUCAGUUGUUAAUCCCAAGAAUAGAAGAUGGCAACAAUUUUGGUGUUUCAAUUCAGGAGGAGACGGUGGCUGAACUCAGAACAGUGGAAGGGGAAGCAGCUUCUUACUUAGAUCAGAUAUCCAGGUACUACAUCACAAGGGCAAAGCUGGUUUCCAAAAUAGCAAAAUACCCUCAUGUUGAGGAUUAUCGUCGCACAGUGACAGAGAUUGAUGAGAAGGAAUACAUCAGCCUCAAGAUUAUAGUGUCAGAACUAAGAAAUCAAUAUGUAACAUUACAUGACAUGAUCCUGAAGAACAUUGAGAAGAUCAAGAGGCCGAGGAGCAGCAAUACCGAUGCUCUGUACUAAGAUCGCCCUCCCCUUUCAAUCUUGGCCCGUUCUUCCACCAUUUGGAGCUAGUUUAGCCUUCAGGUGGUUCUAGAGCAGUCCCGUCACCCAUUAUACCCAGGCCAAGAGAAGGACCGCUCAAUCAGGCCUGAUAGAACAUGCCACUUACGAUAGAAAUGUAAAACAUGGUCACUAUUUUAAACCCUUUAAAAUGAGCCCUUUUUGAUUUUUCUUUUUUGUUUCUUAGCGGACAGUAUAAAUGUACAAAGGCAGAGCCUGAACACGCGUCCCAAGGAAACGGUCUCAGAUUUGUUUUUCUUUAAUUAAAGAAACAUUUCAACAGUGGAUUUCAUUUUUUUUAUCCUUUGCAAAGCCAAAUUCCAUGUAGGUCUGUUUUUGAAUCCAUUUCAAGUGUUUCUGAGCCUCCUUAGGGGUUACGUGAUAUUGGAUCUACCCAUGAUGGUCGGUUUCUCCGGUCGAGAAGCAGAGAAGCUCUUAUUGAUGCUGUAUUUCACUUAAGCAGGUUACGUUGUUCAUCUGAAAUGUACGUGUAGGCUAAAGUGGAAGCGAGGCAGUUAUUGUGCAAAGUUUUAUUUGGAGUGUGUGCUGACAGUUAUUACAUGGUGGAAUGUUAUAUUUUCAUCUGAAAUAAUUGAUUCAUCAAAUUCCGGAAGCUUUUUAUGGUUUCUUUUUGUCCAGUUUUAAGAGUGAAACAUUUUGCUGAAUAAACUAUUGUUUUUACAAUACA